GCCCCUCCGGCGCCUCCGUGCUGGUGGCGGCAGCCACGUGCUUGGCACUCUGCCCUUGCGGGGGUCUCCUCCGCUGCCACCAUGAUGUGGUUCCUGGAGAAGAUCAGAGCAUCGCACGAAGAUGGGACUGUUCCCAGCGCCUCUUUCCUGGGACUGCCAUCCAGCCAAAGCCUGCCGGAAAAAGCCCGCCUGGGGGCUGCCGCUUUUCCCAAUGUGCUCACGCCAGACAGGAUCCCCGAGUUCUGCAUCCCGCCCCGGCUGAGCAGCGCUCUUGCCAUUAAGGGCUCUGGCUCCCACCAGGAGCGCAAUGCAGGGGAUGCUGAUCUUGCUCCCUCGGGCUGCAGCCCCAGCCCRUCCCUGCCCCACCUGAUCCAGGUGGAGAGUGCCGAAGAGAUCCCAGCCCUGGAGGAAGAAAGCACCAACUCGGACCCACAGUCACAAGCGGCGCUCUCACUGCCGCACUUCCCACGCGCGCCCACCUCCUACGGCUUCUGCACRCUGCUGGAGAGCCCGCACACGCGGAGGAAGGAGUCCAUCUUCCACGGUGACGCCCGUGGUGCCCUGCCUGGCCUCACRCUGCCGCGAGCCAGGGCCAGCACCUUCAGCGGCAAGGGCAGCGUCUCUAAGCCCAUCGCCAUCAGCUUCACCUCCAUGAGGAUGCCUCCCAAGCACCUGCCCCUGCACCGGCUGGGCCCCUGCGACAGCGACACUGCCUCCUCCAGCGACUCGUCUCCUUUCAGCUCCCCGCUUCUCAGCAGGUCCCCUCCCCGCUCCUGCUCCCUGAUGAAAACRCGGAGCCAGGAGGGACUGCUGUGCCGAGCGCUGAAAGGCAAGAACAAAUGUGGUAUGGUCAGGAACAACUCCCUGUCCACGGAGGAGAGCAGCUCCACGGACACGAGCCCCAGGGCACCACGCCGCGCAUCCGAGGGGCUGCUGGCUGCGCGCAGCUUCAGCCUCUCCUGCUCUCCCAUCUUCCCUCUGGACCUGUCCCACAGCCGAGAGAGGCUGGUGGGGGAGAGUGUGGUGCUGGUGGGCCGGGGUGGCCGGCUCCGGCUCUCCGCCGAGUACUGCGCCGAGAACAGGCGGCUCCGCAUCCGCCUCAUCAGCGCAGAGGGCCUGUACGACAGCUCCGCAGAGCCCAAGAACAUCAACUGCUGCGUYGCCUUCUCUCUGGUGCCAGGGAAAACGCAGAAGCAGAGAAGCACCAUUAUAAAGAGAAGCCGGAACCCCAUCUUUAACGAGGACUUCUUUUUUGAUGGCAUUGCAGAAGAACAACUGUGCAGCCUCUCUGUGAGGAUGAAGGCAACGAAUAAAGGGUGCAAUAUGAAAAGAGAUUACACCUUAGGAGAGCGGGAGUUGCCCCUAAUGAGUAUAUUGUCCAUGUAAUGCUUCAAACAAGCCAACAGACCCUUUUUGUACUCUGAAAGUUUUCUAUUAAAUAAAGUAUUGUUUUCUCUUUUUUCUUAAA